AUGGAAUUCCUGACAAAAACGUUAGGAAAUUCAACCGCAGCGAGAGACCCGCUGUUGUCUGAGGCUCUCAGACCGACCACAGAGCUGGAGUCUGGUGAGAUGGAGGACAGCACCACGGCAUUGUCCUGGGACGCUUACUUUCACAUAUCAAUCCUACCAAAACACAGAAAGUUUCUGCAUUUUGCAUUCGAGAAUACGGCGUACGAAUAUCAGGUCCUGCCAUUCGGACUGUCUCUGGCUCCUCGAGUAUUUACAAAAUGCCUCGAGGCAGCAUUGACACCGAUCAGGAGUCAAGGAGUCCGAACACUAGACUACCUGGACGAUUUACUAAUUUUAGCAGACUCACCCCAUCAAGCCAGAGCUCACACAGCUCUGCUGAUGUCACACCUGCAGUCUCUGGGUUUUUUGAUAAACAGAGAGAAAAGUCAGCUGGUCCCCAGACAGAAGAUCUGUUAUCUGGGUCUCGAGCUGGAUUCUGUAAGAAAUUACGCACGGUUAUCCCAGCGGAGGAUAACAGCAUUCCAUCAGUGUUUAGCUCUUUUUCAGCGCAAUCGUGUGUUAACGAUCAAGCACUGCCAGCGCCUCUUAGGAUUUAUGGCCUCUAUGAUAUCAGCAGUCCCGCUCGGUCUGCUACAGAUGAGGAGGUUUCAACGCUGGGUCCACAUGAAACAGAAUCAAGCCCCCCCGCAGCAAAAUCGGGUGAGGAUCUCUCCAUCCUGCCUGCGGGCGCUCAUGCCUUGGAGAAACCCAGCAUUUCUCAACAGAGGGGUUCCCCUGGGUCGGGUUUUAUCUCGUGUGUUAGUCACGACAGAUGCGUCAAAGUUCGGCUGGGGAGGAAUAUGCAAAAACAGACACACCAGCGGUGUUUGGUCUCAGAAACAGAGCCAAUUACAUAUAAAUCAAUUGGAGAUGAUGGUAGUUUUUCUCUCUUUAAAACAUUUCAGCAAAAUGGGGCUGAUUCCACGUCAACAUGUGUUGGUGCGCAGCGACAACAGCUGUGUAGUCGCUCACAUAAACAGACAAGGAGGCACACGUUCACUGCCCCUCCUCCGCCUGACAUACAAGCUGUUACUAUGUUGCAGCACACGUCUGUUGUCACUCAGAGCAACUCACGUCCCGGGAGUGCUGAAUCACGGAGCGGACGCGCUCUCCAGAGGUGUCCCACUGGCGAGAGAAUGGCGCCUUCACCCGGAGGUGGUGCAACAGAUUUGGGAUCGCUUUGGCACGGCCGACGUAGAUCUGUUCGCCUCCAGGGAAAACACGCACUGUCCUAUGUUUUUCUCCAUAUGGGACGUGAGCGCGCCUCUCUGAGCAGACGCGCUGGCGCACAGCUGGCCAGCAAAACGCCUUUACGCAUUUCCACCGGUGGCACUAAUACAGCCCACUCUGGACCGUGUGCGCAAAGUAGCUCCCAGAUGGACCAAGAAAGUCUGGUUUGCAGAAAUAAUGUCCCUGCUGGAAGGAGAACCAUGGCACCUUCCUGUGCGCAAAGAUCUCUUAACUCAGGCUCACGGCCAAAUUUGGCAUCCCCACCCAGAAAUCUGGAACCUGUGGGUCUGGCCCCUGAGAGGGAGAAAUUAA